CAUCAAUUGUCCCAAAAGUCGCCUCUGUGAUAUAAUAUUUCCAUCUAUGGCGAUGGCCAUACAUCGCAAUGACUUCAUGCCCAGCCACAUCCUGCGCCAUUCGCCAUGUGGUGGCAGAUAAGCAUGGCCACUGGCCACUCUAUAAGCUCCCCGUACGUGUCGUGCUAUACCAACUUGAUCUCAACAAUAUUUUUUUUCAUCCUGAAUUGUUUGACCGCACAAUGGUAUCUCCAUUUGAAGACCUCGAUCCCGCUGGUCCUUCGCCCGAGGACCGUGUCAACGCCCUUCGUGGAUAUAAAGCCACAAUAAACAACCCGCGUAACUCGGAGCCCGCAAAACAACAUGCACAAGAAAUGAUUGACGCAAUGGGAGGUGAUCAGGUCCGCGAGGAUUUGUAUCAGUUGAGAAAUCCGACCAAAGACCCGACUCGUGUGCAGGGCGGUUUGAAAGCAGCAACUAAAAAUCCACGAGUCUCGGAAGAUGCAAAGAAUAGAGCCCAGGAAAAAAUCGGUGCAUUGUCUCAGAAUGUCGCUCAGCCGCCUGAUGAUUCAGGAGGGGCUAGAGGUAUGUCUGGUGGAGUGCCCGAAGAACCAAGAGAAUAA